CUAGAGUCUACCCCUAGUCAACUUCACCUAAUACCCUAAUAUUAUUAAUCAUCCCUUUACAUAUACAUAUACAUAUACCUACACUUUUAAAUGCUUUUAUAUAUUACUGCCAUCACCAAAUCAAAGCUUCAAUUCUACCACUAUACUUGUUAUUAAAAACAUACAGAUUUGAUCAUUUUCUUUAAUUCAAUCAUUAAACACUUAACCUUUUAACCCUUAAAACCUUUGUUUUCUCUUUCCUUUUUGUUCCCUUCCAAUUUCAUUCUACUUUCCCUCUCAGCUGUGUUUCAAUUCCCAAAACCAUUCCAUUCCCUUCUUUACCCAUUUUCAUUUCUUCUAUUAUAAAUAUUAGGCUAAAAGUUUCCAACUUUCUUCCUCUUUGAGAUCACUGUGUGUCUUUUUCUUUAGAAAAUAAUGUGGACGUUAGGUUAUGAUGACAAUGGUGGAGAGUUUUGCUUCUCAGAGGCCACUGCCUUUCAUGGCGCUCGUAAGCUUCGACCUCUCGUUCCUCGCCCAUUGCUAUCCCUUCGUGCCAAUGGUCGUCGUCCCAACUUCUCUUCUCAAUAUUACCACAUUGGUAAUGUUUUGGAUGAGGAAAGGAAGAGAGAUCAGUACUUGUUGAAUAAUGAAAAGAGUUCAUCAUCAUCAUCAACAACAUCAAGUACUCCAAUAGUAGUGAGCUCAUCGAGAUGGAAUCCAACGGUGGAGCAGUUGAGAAUUUUGGAGGAGCUUUACCGGCGGGGGACAAGAACGCCCUCCGCCGAUCAAAUCCAACACAUAACCGCCCAGCUCCGCCGCUUUGGCAAGAUAGAAGGCAAGAAUGUGUUUUAUUGGUUUCAAAAUCACAAGGCUAGAGAACGCCAAAAACGACGCCGUCAAACUGCCGCCGAUCAAACCAAAUAUUCCGAGAGAGAAAAAGAAGAGUACGAAAUUGAAGAGACAAAGACGAAGUGCAGGUGGCCGGGAACCCCAACACCACCAUCUACUGCUACUCUACUUUCACAGGAAUGUACAGAAACACAGAGACGACGAACAAAAUUAGUUGAAUUGGAAGAAGAAGAAGAAGAAGAAACAAGAAGAGAGUCAGUGGAAAGAGACGAGACAUGGAAUUGUCAACUCAUAAACCCUACAAGGAAGACCCAACAUCUAAACAGUGUUGUCGAAUCCCACAACGAAGACCGAGGACACAACGUCGUCAUUGACGACAUCAACGACGGGGACAAGGAUUCCAAAGCGAUGACACUUCAGUUGUUUCCUCUACGAAGUACCAAGUUCUACAAAUACGAUGGCGAGAGAGAGGGACGACGAGAUGGUCGAUCUCGAUCGGAGAUCAUGUCUAAUUCGGACGUGACCAAAAGCUUCACCUUAUCUCCAAGUUGUAGUUUCCAGUUCUUUGAGUUUCUUCCACUCAAAAACUGAUUUUUCAAUUUUCACCAUGUUUAUGUUAAUGUUAAGACUUAUAUUUUUGUUACCAUUUUUAAAUCAAAAUUUUAAAGGAAAAAAUCCAUUUACAACCUUUUUAAA